AUGAGUCCUCUUGGGAGGUUCUCUGCAGUAGCUCAAAGCCGACGACAGUUAAACAAUGUCUUCCGUCGAUUCACAUCGAAUGAAGCACCAUCAGUCAUUGUUCCAGGCGUGCGGCCUAUUGAGAGAAUUAGAAAUAUUGGUAUCUCUGCUCAUAUCGAUUCUGGAAAAACAACAGUAACGGAGAGAAUCUUGUACUACGCGGGUAGAAUCGACUCGAUGCACGAGGUUCGAGGAAAGGAUGACGUCGGAGCGACAAUGGACUUUAUGGAGUUGGAAAGACAACGAGGAAUCACAAUUCAAUCGGCAGCUACUUAUGUUGAUUGGCACGGAACUAAUAUCAAUAUCAUCGAUACUCCAGGACACGUGGAUUUCACAGUAGAAGUAGAAAGAGCGCUUCGAGUUCUCGACGGAGCUGUCUUGGUUCUUUGCGGUGUCGGAGGUGUUCAAUCACAAACAUUCACAGUCAACAGACAACUGGCACGUUAUAAUGUCCCAUUCAUCUGCUUUGUUAACAAAAUGGACAGAAACGGAGCAUCCCCACUGAAAGCACUUGAUGGACUCAGAAAUAAGUUGAAUCAUAAUGCAGCGCUUGUUCAUUUGCCUAUCGGAAAAGAUUCGAAUUUCAAUGGAAUCGUGGAUUUAGUUGAGGGACAUGCAUUGUAUUACGAGGGAGAAGGUGGAUUGAUUGUAAGAAAAGAUGAGAUCCCGAAAGAUUUGAGAGUGGAGGCUGAAGAUAGAAGACAAGAACUAAUUGAGCAUAUCGCAAAUGUUGACGAAACUCUUGGAGAGAUGUUCUUGAACGAUCAGAAGCCAGAUGUCAAGCAGAUUCAUGAAGCAAUCAGACGAACUGUUGUCAAACGCCAAUUCGUGCCUGUUCUUUCCGGAUCCGCUCUGAAAAAUAAGGGAGUUCAAACCAUGAUCGAUUCAGUUGUAAAAUACCUUCCUGAUCCAUCAGAAGUUGUGAACAGAGCGACAGUUAAAACUGAAACUGGCGAGGAGAAAAGAAUCAUUCUCUCACCAGAACGCAACAACGACAAACCGUUCGUCGGACUUGCUUUCAAACUUGAAGCCGGAAAAUACGGACAAUUGACAUACUUCCGUGUUUAUCAAGGACAAUUGAGCAAAGGAGACACUGUUUAUGCAUCGAGAGACGGUAGAAAAGUCAGAGUUCAACGAUUGGUUCGAAUGCAUGCUGCCGAUAUGGAGGAGAUCACAACAGCCUAUGCUGGAGACAUUUGUGCCACUUUUGGACUUGAUUGUCAUUCAGGAGAGACAUUUUCAACUGAUCAGAACCUUGCACCACAUUGUGAGUCCAUGCACAUUCCAGAGCCUGUUAUCUCGAUGGCAAUCAAACCAGUCAACCGCAAAGAUGCUGAUAAUUUCAUCAAAGCUUUGACACGUUUCACAAAAGAAGAUCCAACAUUCAGAAGAGAAUACAAUCAAGAAGCCAAAGAGACCAUUGUUUCCGGAAUGGGAGAGCUACAUUUGGAGAUUUAUGCACAAAGAAUGAAGAGUGAAUACAAUUGUCCAGUGGAACUUGGAAAACCUUCUGUUGCUUACAGAGAAUGCUUGGGAGCUCCUUACAAAUUCCAUUUCCGCCACAAGAAACAAACUGGAGGACAGGGACAGUUUGGAGAGAUCGAAGGAGUCAUUGACCCACUGCCUGCUGACCGUAAUACAGUCGUGGAAUUCUCUGAUGAAACAUUCGGAAACAAUAUUCCAAAGAAUCUGUUCCCAGCUCUCAAGAAGGGUCUUGACGCGAUUGUCGCUGAAGGACCACUCAUCAAAUCUAGAAUCGCUGGAAUCCACGUUCGCAUUCAAGAUGGAGCCACACACGCUGUCGAUUCUACUGAAAUCGCUAUGAUCAACACAAUGCAAAACAUGAUGCGCGAGUCAUUCGAAAAGGCUAGCUGGUUGCUUCUCGAGCCCAUUAUGAAGGUUGAAGUGACGACACCUGCAGAGUUCCAAGGAAAUGUUGUGACAUCCGCACUUUCCGAUAUGUUCGGAUACACAUCAGAGCUACGAUCAUUGACAGAAGGAAAAGGAGAAUUCAGUAUGGAAUAUUCGAGAUAUGCACCGACAUCGUUAGAAGCACAAGAUAGAGUACAAGCUGAGUGGAGACAGUUGCACGGAAUCGCAGAUCCAAAUGAGAAAGGAAAGAAGAAGAAGAAGUAG